GUAUCAGGGUACUAUUGCUGCUUUAACACCGUAUAACACAAAUGACGUUAUUACAGAAAUAUAUUAGUGAAAGUAGACACAACCAAUUGUGUGGGCCAGUCUGUAGAGCACGAUUAUUAGGUGUGCAUCAGCUUCCCUCGGCGUUGGCGGGGAUCAAUGAACUGUUCGACACUUAGUGACUUGGAUAGUGUCCAGUGACGUUUCACUGACCCUACAUUUGUAUUAAUUGUUAAGUAGUCCAAAUAAUAUCGGUUCACACACCUAAAACAUAUUCUCUGUUCAAGUAUUUUAACACCGGUAUCACAAAAUAUAAGUUGAUCACUACUAAUUGAUGUUUAGACUUCUCCAUUUGUAAAAAUAUAAAGAAGUCAUGACGCGAGCUGUUCAAAUUACAGUGGACAUGAAACUUAUUUAUUGAAAGCUCAUGUUUGUACUCCUAGCUAUUCUGCAAUUUAAAAGUCGCGUAUCUUAGUACAAAAUUAAUAAUUCUUCAGAACUUGUUUUGUUAUUCAAAGUGAUUUGUCGCCUGUCUACUUUUAGAUAGUCAUUAUGGACUCCUCUGACCUACAUCUUGCAAUUGAUUAUGUUGGAUCAUGUGGUAUCGUUUUGACACCUGAACAAAAGGCGACGCUUAAUACAACACUGACUAUUUUGAGGCACGAAAACAAGUUCUCGUAUGUGUCGUUUUGGGGUAUAAUUCGAGGAAUCAAUGGAGACUAUUUCAUUGCUCAAGGAAUAGGCAAAGAUGUAUUAAAAGAAAAAACAAAUCUGUACAGUAAAGAUUGCACAACAUGGGGGUUGUUACCAGUACCAGGGAAACAAGAUAUAGAAAAAAGUAAACUUUUCAAAAUGAGACUAACAGGUGAUCCUUCACAUGAAGCUGAAUACGUUGAAGUGAAACAAAUGCCAGGAGAAGGUGAUGAGCUUGUCGAGACUGAAGAACUUAUAACCAUGAAAGAAGAAGAUAGACUUGCUGCUAUUAUUUACCGCAUGGAAGAGGAGGUUGUUAUCGUUCCACGUGGUGCAUUUAUACGAAUGUACAACGGACAAGUUGUGAGAAAUAAAUCUUUUGAAGGUUUAACUUGUGCUGAGGCUUCAAAGCUAUUAUCAUACUUCCAUUGUCGGCCUCCUGUAAAUAUGUCUAACAAACCAUUAGCCGAAAGAGCAAAGCUGGAUAAAGCCAUCGAUUUUUUAGAUACUAUUGAGGAUGAUAAUCCUGAAGGUUGUUGGGUGAUUCAAUUUGAACGUGGAGGCAACCUUGUUCUGGUCAAAAGUCUUUUAUGGAUUGGAUAUGUUUUAUAUCACUUACCAAGUACAAACAAAUAUGGAUCAAUUUAUGUUGGAACUGGUGAAUAUAACAUUGAUCUCCCAUUUAUGAUAUAAUGCAAAAAGUAGGUGAACUAUACAAAGAAGUAUAAAGUUCGAUGUAUUUUACAGAAACAUUGAAAUAUUUGUAUACAAAUACUUAAAAAAGUUGAUUGGAAUGAAAAA